AUGUCGCAAGAAAACUCUCUGACUAAACAGGAACCCUCAGAAACAAGUCAGGAAAAUGAGAGUCCCAUCAUCGAGGAAGCCAAGCCCCAGACCACGAGCGUCGACUUGCAAAAGCAGUUGAAUCUCGAGCCCACCACCAUCGUGCUUGCAAAAGUCAAGGGAUACAGAGCAUGGCCAGCUAUGGUGAUGGAUGAGGCAAUAUUGCCAGAAAACAUCCGCAAAGUGAAACCGAAAUCAAUCCGACUUGCGCGUAAGCCUACCAAGCCGGUCAUCGUCGUGCCCGUGCGUUUUUUCAGCGACGAUACGUACAUCUGGAUCAAGUCAUGUGACCUCAAAGUUCUACCUGCGGCGGACAUAGAGGCGUUCUUGGUGAAGCGAGCCAACGCCAAAAAACACGACACACUCAUCGAUGCCUAUAAGCUCGCCCAGGACCCGCCUGAUAUGCGCGAGUUUAACACCUGGGGCUCACGAGGACCACCGCAGCAUUCCGAAUCCGCGGAAGAGUCGGACAUUGGAGAUGACCUGGAGCCCACAGGGCCCGAGCCCAAAAAGCUCAAGUUGACCAUCAAGCUCAAGAAACCGUCCUCGUCAGCCUCACGUUCCAAGGCGUCCGGAAAGCUCCAAGGCCCGAAAAACGGGGCGAACGGUGCCAAGAAAGAGCCUGUUUCUGAAGAAAGCACUCCGCCUAGCGACGCGCUAGAAGGUUUCGACUCGGACUGGGGCCUAGAAGAAGCAGAAUACGACAUACAGGGCGGCAACUACAUUUUUGACGACGAGCAGCAACAGAAGGAAUUCAGCGAGCUGUUCCCACGGGCAGCAGAUCUUUAUCUUACGCUUGAGCAGUUCGAGGAGAUAUUCCGUGACUUCCACCAAGCCCUUUCGCCGGGCUUGCUCCUGGGCGAAAUUGACAACGAGAAGAAGGUGGUGGGGAAGCUCCGUGAGUUGGAGCGCUUGAUAAUCAAGUCCGACACGCCGAUGAUUGCAUUUACGAAGUCGCCUCUAUUCCGCGUGUUGCUUCUCACGAUGCACCGGCCUGCAGAUCGCUUCGCCCACCAGGCCGUCAGGGAUGCCAUCCAGCAAGUGUUGAGCCAGCUUGACUUGCACACGUGCCAAAUCUCGGAGGACGAUAUGGAAUUGAAGACCAAGGACAGCACGCCGCACGCCAGCGAGGGCCAAGGCGACGCGGAGGUGGUGGUGGUCGAAUAGUGCAUAUUCGCCCACGCCUUCGCUUAGAUUAGGUACAUAGAGCCGCGCCGCGGCCGCGGGCCGCAAGACACGCGUCACGUGACACGCCCUUUUCCCUGCCGUCCCUUUUGGGCGGGCGGCCAACAGAGCAAAAGACACGCAUUCUGCCGGGCGCGUGUGGGGCCGUCGGAACAGGCAGCCACGCCGGAUUCGGCAGCACCUGAGACUCUGGCAGAACGCACGGCACGUUCUCUGUGCAGGCGUGGCACGGGUAUACGCGAGCAGGCCGCGGAGCGGGCGUGCGCGCACCGAUACCCCAAAAGGGGAUUAAAAUCUCAAGAUCUCCAGUUGUUUUGAUUGCAGCUACAGUUUAGACGGCCAUUUCAGUGCAUCGGAAACCC